AGCUUAUUAGUUUCUGCUCCUUACCACUUACCCUCUAAUUAAAUUUAAAUUCACGAUGCUGCCUGUCAAAUAUCUUUCUCUUCAAAAAUCGGAGCUUGAAUAUGAGGUUCAGAUCCGAGGUGCUACUGCCGGUUCUUCAGUAGAGGAAUUGCGAAGACAAAUUGUAAAAUUAGCCGCGGAGCACCCGGCUGAGCACAUAUUAGAGUCUCCGCUAGAUAUUCGACAGGAUCUUAGGGGUUGCGUAGAAGUUCUUACAAAAAUACAAUUGAAUCUUGAUAUUUCUGAACCAAGUGUACCUACUAUUAUGAGAACGCAAAAUAUGCUAAAUCAUCUUCAUAAUCGUUUAGCGAGGAUAACGUGCGGUGACGACAGAAAAGAAUAUAAGGAUAUCCUAGAGGGGCAUAAAGUCGCCUCCCAGAAGCUCGCGGCUCUUCAAGCUAAGAGGCCUACACAAAUAGCGACAACUUCUUCUAAUUUAGGCGCGGGUCCCUCUAGUGAGACCUCGACGGCGGCCCCAGAGGUUCAGAACUUGAUUUCGGUGACUUGCGAUCGCACUGUAGCUGACUUGAGUAAAUUAAAAUUUAAUGGCAAAACUUGUGUCCGCUCAUUUAUACAGCGCGUCGACGAAUUUAUUGUUGCACGUAACAUUGCAUCAACAAAAGUAUUAGCUUUCGCCACCGAAAUUUUUCAGGACAACGCUCUGCAUUGGUUCCGUUCGGUACGGGACAAUAUUUCUUCCUGGCCAGAACUCGCUGCUAAAUUGAAAGAGGACUUCGAUCAAUCUAAUUAUGAUUACCGACUAACGACGGAGAUUCGCUCUCGGACUCAGGGUGAACAUGAAAACAUAACUGUUUAUCUUUCCAUUAUGAGUGGUAUGUUUUCUCGUCUUUCGACACCCCCAAGCGAAGCGGAGCAGCUCGAAACCUUACUUCACAAUAUUAGGCCGUGUUACGCAAGUACACUAGCAGCAUCAUCUACCGAAAUUAGGACAAUUGAUUCUUUACGCUCAUUGUGUCGCAAUUACGAGACUUAUCAUUCUCGACACUCACAAUUUCAGGAGCCACCAAGAGUGACUUCUGACACUGUUGCACCCGAAUUUGCGUACUCUAGGGAAUCAAAUAAAAGUCCAAAUAAAUUUAACAACAAUACAUAUAAUAAACAAAAUUACACAUAUAACAAUAAUUAUAAUAAAGGGCAAUAUUCUAAAAACACCACAAAUUAUAGCCAGAAUCAAAAUCAAAACAAGUCUCAACAACAAAAUUAUAUACAUUCUGUGUCCAAUGCUGAUCAAAACAAUAAACAACAACCGUAUUGCCCAAGGUGCCGUAGUAAUAAUCAUCAUAUUCGGCAAUGUACGGCUAGUAGGGACGUGUUUUGUUUUAAAUGUGGCAAGAAAGAUGUCAAAACACCUGAUUGUCCGGUUUGUAAUAAAAAGGCAGAUACAAAAAACUAGAUGAGCGGAAUUGUAGUCAUUUUGAUA